AUGGCCAAUUUCUUUGAUCUGAAGGCUCGCAAAGCUGCCGCCGCUGCUACUGCCUCAGGGGAGGGUUCAUCCAAACCUACCGGUCCCAAGGUCGACAAUCGCCUACAACCAUGGUCGCUUGAUGAUGUCUCGUCUCAAGAACACACGGUCGAUGUGCUUCGCCGCACCCUCCAGUCCGCCAAUCUCCCUCACAUGCUCUUCUACGGCCCUCCUGGUACCGGCAAGACCUCAACCGUCCUCGCUCUCGCCAAACAACUCUAUGGCCCCGAACUCAUCAAGACUCGUGUUCUUGAGCUCAAUGCUUCAGACGAACGCGGUAUCAGCAUUUACCCCUGCCCUCCUUACAAGAUCAUCAUCCUCGACGAAGCCGACUCGAUGACUCAGGAUGCCCAGUCUGCUCUACGCCGCACAAUGGAAACAUACAGCAAGAUCACUCGCUUCUGCCUCAUCUGCAACUAUGUCACUCGCAUCAUCGACCCUCUAGCCAGUAGAUGCAGCAAGUUCAGAUUCAAGAGUUUGGACGGUGGAAAUGCUCGUAAGAGAUUGGAAAACAUUGCCGCCAUGGAGAAGGUCAAACUCGACGAUGGCGUCGUCGACACUCUGAUCCGCUGCGCUGAGGGCGAUUUGCGAAAGGCCAUCACCUUCCUGCAAUCGGCUGCCCGGCUCGCUGGUGCUGAACAAUCAAGACCAGACGAAGAUGCUAUGGACGUUGACGACCAAGCCACGGCUCGUUCGGUCUCUGUGCGCAGUGUCGAAGAGAUUGCUGGUGUCGUCCCUGACCGUACUGUCGGCCGCCUCAUACAGGCAUUGCAGCCCAACACACGAGCCUCGGUUUAUGAUGCCGUCUCUCGUGUAGUUCAGGACUUGGUCGCCGAAGGCUGGAGCGCCACCCAGCUGGUGUCACAGCUGUACGAACAGAUACUCAUGGACGAUUCGAUCGACAACCCAAAGAAGAAUCGCAUUGUCAUGUCCUUUUCACAGACUGAUAAGAGGCUGAUUGACGGAAGUGACGAGCACCUCACUAUCCUCGACUUGAGUCUGCAGAUUGCUAGUGCUCUUGCUGGAAGUUGA